AUGAUUUAUCAGCAUUCUAACGUGCUACCUAACCCCACCUGCUUCGGCACAUCCCGCAAACUGAAGCAUGCAAAGAAGCGUAUCAAGAGCUUGGGUGCAGACCGCCCGUCCGACCGCCCAUCCACCCGCCUUUAUAUCGCUCCACCGCUCGCCCUCAAGGCCAGCAGAAUAUCGAUGUUGUCGAAAAAGGGCUUGAAAGAAGGCUACGCGACGGGGGCCAGCACUUGCGAUCGUUCUACACUUGAGCCUGCUCUUUGUGAUAAUGAUAUCACUGGGGAAGUGCUCUUGAAUGAUGUCGACAACCAGGCACUGAAAGAAGAUCUUGGGAUCAAAUCUUUAGGCCACCGCAGCAGCUUGCUUAGAGCUAUCAAGUGGCUACGGUCUCGAUCUCAUAAGUAUCAACUCAAGCACGACACCCCCUCUUCCACCGCUCCUCAGUCUCUCUUGCUCGGACAGCCAGACCACUCACUGGCCUCCAAUUCCUUCUCCAGCACACCUUCCAUUUCCGCUCAAUCACGAGCCUCCCCUCCGCCUGCUGUUCCCAACACGAUGCCACCAUCUACGGGCAUCAAAGAGAAACGCAGGAUUGCGCCAACCCUGGUGACAGAAUUACAGGCCCGAAAAGUGGAAGAUGCCUUCCGUGAAGCCGGUCAGUCAUCAUUAGAAGAUCGGCACCGUGCAUCCUCACCGUCUGCUCUCCCCGAGGAUCAGGUCCUCACUGCAACGGGAUCUAGGCACCAGGACAAAGAUCACGGUGCCUCACUCUCCACUCCGCUUCGCUUUACACGUGAAUUAAUCAUCACGGAAGAUUUGACGGAUCACGUGAAUCCAUUUUCACUUCCCAGUCGGCCGGAUACCUCCAAAGGCAAAGACUUCUUUGAUCAAUUGCUCGAAAAGUACAAGGAUGACGGUCAAGUUGAGCCAUUGUACGGUGAGUCUGACCACGAACUUGACGAAGAAACUCUGAAAGAGCUGGAAGAGGAAGAGGAAAUUGAGGAUGUAGAUGUUCCUUGGGCUACAGAGCGUAAAUUGUCAAGUGCAGAAUGUGAAAAUGUCUUCUCAGCUUUUAUUGAGCAGCACGGCAAGAUUUGGAUGGAGAAACAACGGCCGAAGCACCAGCAAAACGCCAAUUUGGUCUGGAACUUAGGCCAUGAGAAGGCUGCUGGGACGGCUUACAGGGAGGAUGCGCUCAAAACUCAGCAGAGGUUGGCCAUCCGGCUCAAGGCCAUGAAGAAAAUGCUCAUCGAGGCCGGAUACACAUCGUCUACCGCCUUGCAUGACGGUUGCCGUGUCAUGGAACCGACGCUCGAUGAGAUUUGUCUGCAAAAGUGGAAAGUGGACAUUUUUGCAUUGCCUACCUGUCCGCCUCCAGGAACCCCCUUGCCCAGGAGAUCUCAACCUCGAAAACGGCGUGUUCUCGAUGCAGACGAGGAGUCAUUGGGCUCUGGAUCCAGCUCCGCGGUCACUUCUGAAUUAGAAUCCGAUUGGAUCGUGGAUGAUGAUGAAGCCUCCUCUGUUCACUACGGCUCUAUGGGGGGAGAAUCAUCUCCGGAAUCUGGGUGUGACAUCCAGCACCGGCUAACCAUUCAGUCCAUGAGCCUGGAUCCCAAUGCAAAGACUGAGUCUUCUUUCUUGGCCGACGAGAGUAACGAGCCCUCCUCUGUGAAAAAGAGGCAACGAAUGAUGAGCAAAGACCUUUGUGAUGACCAGAAGUCCCCUGACGAGACCAGGCAUCGCCCUUCUCUCGAGGAGCCCAGUGCAAAUGAUCACCGUCAUUCAACCCCGCAGCCUCGUCCUCCAAUUCUUGAUGUCAUGCGGCUUGACUCAUCCUCGCCCUCUUCUGAGAAAUCCCAUCAUGUGGACCUUGUGCAGAUUGAGGAUGCAGAUCAAAAUUCAACAUUCUCGGCUGAUUCUCCCCGGGAUAUUGAUGUCAACAUGGAUCUGGACAUGAUACAGACGCCGCCUCUUAACCCGGCCGAUAAGUGCUCUCCCGCCUCAGAGCUAAAUCUCACUCUUAGAUUGUCCGACUCGAAAGACGAAAUCAAUGAUGACGAUGAUGAUGAUGAUAAUGCUGCUGCCGCUGCUUCGCGGGACCGACUGCUAACGUCAGUCAGCAUGGCUAUAAAGGCUAGCCCGAGUCUGGAUGACAUCGAUCUUUUUGACAUGGUUUCGGACAUGAGCUGGGACAUGAUUGAUUCCGCAGGAAACCGCCUUUGGGUGCUGGUGAAGCAAUUGUCGCUUCUCCCAGCCGAUAAGAAUGAGCUUUUUGGGCAGUAUUUGGAAGACCUCAUGGACCCUGUGUACAUAGAGGAAGUUGACGCCGCACUGAGUGCUAUGCUCCAAAAUCAAUCUCAUUUUCACAAGAGAACUGAAGAGGAGAGCGAACCAGGGAUGCGGUUGGCUGCCUACUUCGUUUCUUGGCACAGUGGGAAAAUGUUGGAGUCUGCGGGCAUCGAAAGGAGCUUGUUGACGAAAGCUCUAGAUGCUCUCUCUGAGGACCUGGAUCUAUCGAUGUUCCUCACAUUUUUUCACAGGCUGAAAACCCUUUAUCUGUCCUACAAAGUCUGGAUUCGUCGACAGAGACCUCUUCAACUAGCCGAUACUGGUCCUUCUGAAGCGGAAGCUCCUGACAGAAAAGCUCGCAAGAGGAAAAGGAAGCCUAGCAAAAAAGAGCGAUCGAAGUCCCAUAGCUCACGGCCACUGAGCAAUAUGCAGAAGGACGCUCAGAGGCGCCAAGUAAUACAGGAACGAGCCCGCGAGCGACUCAGAAGGCAACUCGAAAGCAAAGGCCUAAGCAACAGUGACCCUGAAAAACAAGCAGUGACAUUCAAAGAACCAGUGAUCUAUUUGCAUCCCCAACUCGGGCGCUUCGUUAAGCCUCACCAGUUGACUGGUAUCCAAUUCAUGUGGCGAGAGUUGAUUGAGGCGGACAAUCAGCAAGGUUGCUUGCUUGCCCACGUCAUGGGUUUGGGGAAAUCAUUUCAAGUCGUUUCACUUCUCACAACGAUCGCUGCCGCAGCUAUCUCUGAGGACCCCAAUGUUAGAAAACAGAUUCCGAAGCGGUUCCACCGCUCCCAAACCCUGAUCUUGUGCCCGUCUUCUGUUGUUCAGAAUUGGGUGGACGAGUUCAACAUGUGGAUGCCCAGCGAUCACAACCUGGGGCCCAUCCUGCAGAUCGCUACCCGUCACCAACGAAGGGACCUUCAGGUCAUGGACAGGCUGGACGUGGUUGGAGAAUGGGACAGGAAUGGUGGUGUGCUCAUCAUGAGCUACGACAUGCUCCGGAUUCUCAUUCUCAACAAACCCGCCAUUCUAAGUACCGAAGACCAUGGAUACGUGGAGAAUUGUCUGCUUGAGAAAACCAACAUUGUCGUCGCAGAUGAAGCUCACCGGCUGAAGAGCGGCAAAUCGGCUAUUUCACAAAUAGUUUCCCAAAUUAAGUCAACGAGCCGAAUUGCUUUGACGGGCUCCCCGCUGUCCAACCAGCUCUUUGAAUAUUAUCAAAUGGUGGACUGGGUUGCGCCGGGUUAUUUAGAGGAUCCAGCAACUUUCAAAAAGAAGUUCAUGGAACCCAUCCAGGCAGGGUCUUACAUUGACAGUACCAGAAUGGAACAACGAGAGAGUUUGGUCGCCCUGCAGCUUCUGAACGGAAUCUUGGCCCCUAAAGUGCUCCGUGCCGAUACCUCUGUCCUUGCCGGUGACUUGCCACCUAAGACGGAAUUUGUGAUUACGGUCCCUUUGACGGAACUGCAAAGAGACGCCUACAAUUUGUUUGUGGAUUGCGCUCAAUCUGGCCAGACGGAUGCCAGCAUGAGGCUGUGGUCAUGGCUUGCCAUCAUGCAGCUUUGCUGCAAUCACCCGUUUCCAUUCUACGAAAAGCUGGCCGAUCGAUUGAGAGAUCAAGAAGAGUCUCAAUCGAUUCUACCGGACUCCAUUCAAGAAGCGGGCCUUCCCAGUGACUUGGCUUCCCGAAUGGAUAAUCUCUUCCGAAAAUACCCCGACAUUCGAGAUAUUGCGUUGUCCCAUCGGGCAACACUGCUGGAUAAGAUCCUUGAUCUCUGCGCCGAGGCUGGCGAUAAAACGCUCAUCUUCACUCAAAGUAUCCCGACGAUGAAUUUUCUUGACCACAUGCUCAAGAAACGUGGCCGGUCCUAUCAGCGCCUUGACGGAAGUGUACCUGGGUCUGAGAGGCAAAAAGCUGUGAAGAAUUUCAAUUCUGAUAGCAACGUCAGCAUCUUUUUGAUUUCGACUCGUGCUGGUGGAGUUGGCCUCAACAUGUUCGGUGCAAACCGUGUGGUGAUCUUCGAUUUCCUCUUCAAUCCCAUGUGGGAGGAGCAGGCCGUAGGGCGUGCCUAUCGUCUGGGCCAAAAGAAGCCUGUCUUUGUCUAUCGCUUCGUGGCUGGGGGCACCUUUGAGGAGUUUAUCUUUAACAAUGCCGUCUACAAGCGACAGCUUGCCGUCCGCGUGGUGGAUAAGAAAACCGUUGUUCGAGAGAGCUCCCGCAAGACGGCCACGUAUCUUGCUCAUGUGCAUGAUGUGGAGAAACAAAAUGAGCAUGAGGCACUUGGAUGGGAUGCAAAAGUUCUUGAUCGGCUGCUGCAAGGAGAGUACCGUGAUAUCAUCCUCAAUGCCAAGUUGUCACACAUUCGCGACAACGAAAAUGAUCGCCUGACCAUGGAAGAAAGCCGUCAAGUUGAGGAUGAACUCGCAAUGGAGCGUCUAAAACGGUCUGAUCCAGCAGCAUAUCGGGUAGAGAUGAGGAAGAGAGAGAUUCAAGAACGGUUGCAACGGUCGACAGCAGCCAUGGCCCCCCAGCCACAACAAACGAGACCCUCUCAGCUGAUCGGACCGGCUGGUGGAUUUCUUGGGCCCCCCAACCGUGGACUCGGCCCUCUGAGCACUGCUACUGAAAAUCCCUUCAGUACUCAGAGAAGAAGCGAUAUGCAACUCGUACCAUUUCCCUCUGCCACUAACGUGAUUGGGUCUUCUGGAGGUCUUUCGCACACUGAGCCGCCCCAAUUUCCUCACCAGCCACACCCCGACCCGCCGCAAUUAACCGCGAAUCCAGACAACAGACGAGCAUUCGUGGUUCCAGCAGGCAACGAAGUAAUUGUGAUUGAUGAUGAAUCGCCACUUUCGCUGCAUCCAGCGCCAGGCCAGACUCUACCUGUGCGUUCACACCUGUCCUCUCAAGACCGUCAUCGACUGCCGCCUCCACCGGCCACCAAUGCUCCUGCUGGACGACCGGAAGUUGACUUGAGAAAUCCUGGACCACGAAAUUUGCAAAGCCAUGAUACCAGUCGCCCUCACACGGGCCAGCCUGUUGACUUGAGCCGACGACACUUCUCGGCUAUGGACCCGAAAGAAGCCGCGAAGCUAUUCCAAAGCCUUGUCCGGGAAGUAUCGGGAGAUAAUACAGCUGGCUCUUUCCUUGGCGCUGGGUCUUCCGCGGUGCAGAAGGAAAGCGGACCUGGGCAGUCGCUUACGACCUCUGCGAUUGAGGUUCCUGACCCUUCCAUUCCGAAUUACCCAUGGGAGACGAAGGCGUCUGCACAAAAUCAGUCAACGGCGCGAGGCGAUGAUCCCCACAACCGGGACCAUCUCUCUCCAAAUGUCGCCGCGAAUCCGCCUCUGGACUUCAACACAUGCUUCACUCUGGAUUUCAGCGACGACAGUGACAUCGAAUAA